AUGCUGCUCUCUGCCUGCGGCAUCUUGGCUGGCUUGCUGGCCAUCUCUCGAGCUGUGGAUGUGAAGCACACAGCAUUGGAGCGCGAAGCGAAAUUCGAGGGGAACAUCCGGAACCUUGAGAUUCAAGCCGAUGGAUCUGCGAAGGCCCUUAUGCGUCGGGAUGCAGGUCGAGACUCCGACCUGACGGAGGACGCCCCACAUCCGCAGCGCUUCAGCAAGCUUGGCAUUGGCUAUUGCCCUGCAGGGUACUAUGCAGGAUGGGUUGCGGCCGACGGUAAUCUCGAGAGCUGCAAGGCCAAGUGCCAAGAAGAGGAAAAGUGCCGCUUCUUCGCACUGUAUGAGGGCAAGACAUGCUCCCGGUACGACUCUCGAGCCGGUGAUUGCAAUGAAAGAGUUGAAGCGGGUGGUGAAUACUCGCCGGAGCAGCACACGACCUUUGCCAAGACGGAGAAGGUGGACCCUCGCUACAGGAAGCUUGGAAAGGGCUAUUGCAAGUCUGGUUACUAUGCCGGAUGGAAGGCUGAAGAUGCCAUCAACCUCGCGGUCUGUGCCGCGAAAUGCGGCACGGAAUCGCAAUGCCACUAUUUUGCCUUCGUGGAAGGAAAGACCUGCUCCAGGUACACAGGCGAUGCUAAAGACUGCAGUGACCGAGAAGUUAGAGGUGACGAUCACACCACCUAUGCCAAGACCCAAGAAACACAGGCUUUGUAUCAUUUUACGAAGCUUGGGACCGGCUACUGUGCCGUCGGCUAUUUUGCCGGCUGGAUUCCAGCAGAGAGCACGCUACAGGGAUGCAAAGCAAAAUGUGAAGCCGAAUCCGGGUGCCGCUUUUUCGCUCUCUACGAAGGGAAGACCUGUUCCAGGUAUGAUUCCAGGGCCGGUGACUGCAGCCAGCGAGUGACGCAGGGGGGUCAGUACUUUCCCGAGUCUCAUACGCUCUAUGCCAAGACGGAGCAG